CAUUGUUGGAAUGGCCGCCCAUAACUUUGACCAUGGGCGUCAAGCCAACAUUAUCCGCGAGAUUGGAAGUAAUCUUGGGUGGUUGGUGUUCUAAUGUCAUUUUGUUUAGGAGAGAAAGGACCCGAAAAGACUGCUAUUAUUUCACCUGUCGCAAUACUUUUUGUGACAAAAUCUUUGGUUCCUCCGACCCAAAGUUUCUGCAAGCUGUUUCUGCAUGCCCAUUUUGACCACAAACCAUGCAUCCAGUUUCUCGGAACAACGCUGUACUGAAGAACUUCAGCAUGUUUUGAACAAUUCUUCUAAAGCCCAAACGCUACUUCAGAGCAUAUUUAAGUUGAACAAACGUACUCUUGUAAAAGGCAUUACGUGCCGCUCAUGUGCUGGAACUGAACAACAGGAAAAAUGCGGAUACUACGAUAUACAAUAUAAAAGGAUCGUACUUUGCUGUGAAAAUAUCCGGUCUAGAGAGGAUGUUGAAAAGACUGUCGUACAUGAACUGGUUCACGCUUUCGACGCCAGUCGAAAAGGUACAUUUGAUAGUCUAUGUCAUUUGGUAGCAUGCGGAGAGGUCAGAGCCAGCGCAAUAGGCCAAUGUAACGACAUUAAGCAUGAGGGGAAGAAGAAGGACUGUAUUCUUAGAGAUGCCAUCAAUUCAACAAGGGAGCACUGCGGAGCAAAUGCAGAGAAAGUAGUUCAGCAGGUUUAUGAGAAAUGUGUUCGAGAUGAAGCACCAUUUACAUAGAGAUUUAGCGGUGUAGGAUAUACU